UACCGGAGGAUGCCUUUCGGUUUAUGCAAUGCUCCUGCCACAUUUCAAAGGUGCAUGCUUUCCAUUUUUUCUGAUAUGAUAGAAGAAUGCAUUGAAAUUUUUAUGGAUGAUUUCUCUGUAUUUGGUUCUGAUUUUGAUGUAUGUCUAGGGAAUUUAGAUUCUGUUUUGAAAAGAUGUCAAGACUGUAAUUUGGUUUUGAACUGGGAGAAGUGCCACUUUAUGGUGACAGAAGGUAUAGUUCUUGGACACAAGGUUUUUCUUGGUCAUGCAGGAUUUUAUAGGCGGUUUAUAAAAGAUUUUUCAAAAAUUGCUAAGCCCUUAUGCAAGUUAUUAGUUAAGGAUCAAGAAUUUCUGUUUGAUGAUGAAUGUUUGCAUGCAUUUCAUGUUUUAAAAGAAAAGUUGACCACUGCACCUAUCAUGAUGGCACCUGAUUUUUCAUUACCAUUUGAAUUAAUGUGUGAUGCCAGUGACUAUGCCGUAGGAGUGGUAUUGGGCCAAAGAGUGAAUAAAUUGUUGCAUGUCAUUUACUAUGCCAGUAAGAUCUUAAAUGAUGCACAAAAGAAUUAUGCUACUACAGAAAAAGAAUUACUGGCUAUUGUGUAUGCAUUUGACAAAUUCAGGCCAUAUCUGUUAGGAUCAAAAGUUAUUGUUUACACUGACCAUGCAGCUUUAAAGUAUUUGUUGAGCAAGCAGGAUGCUAAACCCAGAUUGCUCCGCUGGUUGUUACUGUUGCAAGAGUUUGAGGUAGAAAUCAAGGACAAAAAGGGAGUUGAAAAUUUGGUGGCUGAUCACUUAUCCAGGAUUACAGAAAAAGAGCUUCAAGAAGGGCCGGAAGUAGUGAUCAGAGAAGAGUUUCCUGAUGAACAUGUUUUGGCAAUAUGUGCUGUAACAGAGAUGGUUGGGGAUAAAGUCUUAUCUAUAAGCACACCACCAUGGUUUGCUGAUUUUGCCAACAAUAAAGCUGCUGGAUUGAUGCCUAAGGAUUUAACAUGGCAACAGAGGAAGAAAUUUCUGCAUGAUAUCUUUGAUGUUUGGGGUAUGGAUUUUAUGGGACCUUUCCCUUCUUCCUACUCUAACAAGUAUAUAUUGGUGGCAGUUGAUUAUGUUUCCAAAUGGGUUGAGGCUAUAGCUACACCAACCAAUGAUUCCAGGGUGGUGAUUGCUUUUCUGAGAAAGAAUAUAUUUUCAAGAUUUGGAGUCCCUAGAGCUAUCAUUAGUGAUGGGGGCACUCAUUUUGAUAAUAGGAUGGUGGAGUAUGCCUUGGCUAAGUAUGGAGUGAGGCACAAAAUAAGCACUCCAUAUCACCCACAGACUUGUGGUCAGGUUGAGAUUUCCAACAGGGAAUUGAAGAGAAUAUUGGAGAAGACUGUUGGGAAUGCUAGGACCCAGUGGUCCAAGAAACUUGAUGACACCUUAUGGGCAUACAGGACCGCUUUCAAAACUCCUAUUGGGAUGUCUCCAUUUCAGUUGCUGUUUGGAAAAGCAUGCCAUUUGCCAGUUGGAUUGGAGCACAAGGCUUUGUGGGCUGUGAGAUAUCUGAAUUUUGAUUCCAAAGCAGCGGGACAGAAAAGAUUAUUACAACUGGAUGAAUUGGAUGAGUUUCGUUUGUCUGCUUAUGAAAGUGCCAGUUUGUAUAAGGAAAAGACAAAGCUAUGGCAUGAUAGGAAGAUCACACCUAGAGACUUCAAGGUAGGGGAUCAAGUACUUCUGUUCAAU